AUGACUUCCCGUCUAGUCCUGGUCAUUGGUGACCUCUUCAUCCCCGACAGAGCCCCCGUACGCAUCCCCUCAUCCCUUAUCGCAUCCUCGCAGGUUGACCUGUCUGCUGACUUGUACUCGCUAGGACCUCCCGGCCAAGGUGCGCACUUUUGCUCCAUCCUUCUUGACCCUCCUCUCUGUUUCGCAAUCCCCCGUUCUCGAUUAACACGCGCACAGUUCCGGAAACUCCUGACGCCAGGCAAGAUCGGCCAGAUCCUCUGUCUCGGCAAUCUCACCGAUCGGAGCACUUUUGAAUUCCUCCGACAGGUCGCUCCAGAUUUGCAAUUGGUCAAAGGCGACUUCGAUGUCGAUUCCCCAAACCUACCCCUCUCCAAAGUGGUGACUCACGGGAGUCUCCGCAUCGGCUUUACUCAUGGCCACACCAUCAUCCCACCGGGGGACGCCGAUGCCCUUCUGAUCGCUGCCCGCCAGAUGGAUGUUGAUAUACUGCUAUGGGGUGGAACCCACCGCUUUGAAGCUUUUGAGCUGGAGGGGAGAUUCUUUAUCAACCCGGGCAGCGCCACCGGAGCCAUGAGCACGGGGUACUGGCCUGAAGGGGAGGAGCCGACACCUAGUUUCUGUUUGAUGGAUAUCCAAGGCGAUGUUCUCGUGUUGUAUGUUUACCAGCUGAAGACGGACGCCAACGGGGUUGAGACAGUCGCGGUCGAGAAAGUAUCUUACCGCAAGAACAAUAUCCCUUCUUCAUGA